UGUUGAAGGUUGUCCUAAGCAUCAUGUAAGACCAGCUUAAACCUUUGAAGCUCCCCUGACACCGUCCAAGUCUGAGGUGCACAGGACUUUAUGGGGCAAGGGUAAUAAGGUUUGUUUAAAAACAAGGCAAGCUACUCUAGUUUAAUGAGGCCAGUUAGGAAAGCUUUCCCAGAGUGGGAUGAGGGUACCAUCUCAGUUUGGAGGUAGAAGUAAAGUUUUACCUGUUCUGAGUGUGCUUACGAUUCUCUGCAUUGGAAGGGGGCGUUUGAAGUAGGUUGGCCCACAAGCAGCGGAGUUAGAAUUGAGGAAAAUGGUAGUUGAGACCUGGAAGUAUUGAGUUUGGGGAGAAUGCUUUUCACUUUAUGCAAACGAGAAUUCGCAGGACAAAGACCUUGCCUGGCUGUGUACUUCCCUUCAUCCCUGUAUGUUUGUUUCCUACCCUGAAGCCUUAAGAAAGCACUGAGAUCGUGACCUCCGGAAACAUUCCACUAGACUCAACUGCUACCAAGUGUACAGGCUUCAAGUUGCUGGUGGCGCCAGGCAGAGCAGCUCAGGUGGGCUGUAGGGUGGGGCUUAAGGCGAAGUCCCGCCCUCUCGCUUGGCUCUGCCCUAGCACCUGCCAGGUGUUGAAGCCUAAGCUGCAGGACGCCAGAGCCGCCGGCCGGCUUCUGUUGGCUAAGUUAGUGGAGAUCACUGGUUUAAGAUCACGCAGCUUGGAAAGUUGAUGGGAAGUGUUGUGUCUCCUGGGGACAAGCCACUGCUGAACUACUUUUAAGACUGAAUGGAAGCGAGCAGCCUUCUGUGCUUAGGAGCCCAGAGCCCAGGAGGGGCUUCUGCAGGCUGGCCUUGGGGGUUGCAGGAACCUGAAGCCUCCAUUCUCAUGACCUGGAAGCCUGCACACUUUCUGCAUUCCUGGAAGGGAGUCCUGCUCACAUGCUUGCCAACGGUUGGGACCAGGACCAGGAAGAGGAAAGAGAUGAGCCGUCAGACUGCUACAGCAUUACCCACUGGCACCUCAAAGUGUCCACCAUCCCAGAGGGUACCUGCCUUGACCGGCACAACUGCAUCCAACAAUGACUUGGCGAGUCUUUUUGAGUGUCCUGUCUGCUUUGACUAUGUGUUGCCACCUAUUCUUCAGUGUCAGAGUGGCCAUCUUGUUUGUAGCAACUGUCGCCCCAAACUUACAUGUUGUCCCACCUGCCGGGGCCCAUUGGGAUCCAUUCGCAACUUGGCUAUGGAGAAAGUGGCCAACUCAGUACUCUUCCCUUGUAAAUAUGCCUCUUCUGGAUGUGAAAUAACUCUGCCACACACCGAAAAGGCAGAGCACGAGGAGCUCUGUGAGUUCAGGCCUUACUCCUGCCCCUGCCCCGGUGCUUCCUGUAAGUGGCAAGGCUCCUUGGAUGCCGUCAUGCCCCACCUGAUGCAUCAGCACAAGUCCAUUACCACCCUGCAAGGAGAAGACAUAGUUUUCCUUGCUACAGACAUUAACCUUCCUGGUGCUGUUGACUGGGUGAUGAUGCAGUCUUGUUUUGGCUUUCAUUUCAUGUUAGUCUUGGAGAAACAAGAAAAAUAUGAUGGUCAUCAGCAGUUCUUUGCAAUUGUACAACUGAUAGGAACACGCAAGCAAGCUGAAAAUUUUGCAUAUCGACUUGAGCUAAAUGGUCAUAGGCGGCGAUUGACUUGGGAAGCGACUCCUCGAUCUAUUCAUGAGGGAAUUGCAACAGCCAUUAUGAAUAGUGACUGCCUAGUGUUUGACACCAGCAUUGCACAGCUUUUUGCAGAAAAUGGCAAUUUAGGCAUCAAUGUAACUAUUUCCAUGUGUUGAAACGGCAAUCAAAUAUUUCUGGCCAGUGUUUAAAAUUUGCAUUUGACUUCACAGAGAAUAAGGCACCCAUCUGCUUGCCAACCUAAAACUUUCCUGGUAGGUAGAAGCUAGACAUGAAGGUAAAUAAAAAGAAAAGCUGUUAAUACAGGAAACAGUUGCAUGUAGUAACACUAAUAUAUUUAAAAAUAAUUCAACAGUAAACCACUGAAAAAAAUAUAUAUACCCAAGAUGGGCAUCUUUUGUAUUAAGAAAGGAAACAUUGUAAAAUAUUUCUGAACUUUGUGUUUGUUGUAGAUUGAUUGUAUUGUUGACAAUUUUUCGGGGGUGUGUGUCUGUGCACGCAUGCGUGCACGUGUGUGGUUGGUUUUCCUUUAACUGACAAGCCAUCUGCGUGGUCAUGGACCACUGUUUUCCCCUUGUGAGUCAACACAUAGUGCUGCUGUGGGUUUGUUUUUGUUUUUUUGUUUUGUUUUUGUUUUUUGAUGUGUGUAUUUGCUAAUUUUUAUUCUAGUUUUUCAUUAAAUAAAUUUUGACUUUCUUUUCUGUAAUUCAGGUUUUUCUCACUUUUGUACCUUUUAAGUUAGUGUCUUUGAUAUUCAUAAUUGCUUAAUGUCAAAAGUUUGUGUUCAGUACAUACUUUCUUUUCCUUCAAUCAAUUUAUUAGAAAUAUUUUUAAUUUAGCCCUUUUGUGAAAAUAGGAAUUCCAGAAAGGCAAGGUAGCAGAGCAGCUGUCAAGGCUGAAGGGAGUGCAGGAUGCUUUUGUCUCUCUAGGUUACUGUCCUACGGGAGUCACACUGUCAGGUCAGGCUAACUCUUUGAAAGGUUAGCUUAGGGAGUAAACUCUGAUUUCUAUAAAUUAAAAAAAAUCAGGCUUUUCCUCUCUUCAUAUGUCUUGGGCAAAUCACAUGUUUGAAUUGGUUCUUGUAUUUAUUGGUUUUGCAAAAGAGUGCAGCAUCAUACACAGUAUUUGUAAUUAAAGUAAAUCAUUUGUUUUUUAAAAAAGGCAGUUUGCAAAAAAUGUUUUUGGUCUUUUAUAAUUCUCAUUAAAAGAUUAUCUGGCAAAUUAAAAAAAAAAUUUA